AUUUGCCUAGGUCCUCCUUCAGCUGCAAACUUUGUUGAACUGGAGUGGCUGACACUCACUUUAAGCUGUAUUUCUUGCAAUGAGUCACGUUUCUCUGGAGGGGUCCCUUCAUCUGGCUCUUGUCUUAGCUCUCCCAGGUGAACCGCUCCAUGGAUGGCUGGGGGAAACUGCACCUUGGUGACGGAGUUCUUCCUUACUGCAUUCACAGAGCACCCGGAGUGGGGCCUCCCUCUCUUCUUGAUGUUUUUGAGCUUCUAUCUCAUCACCCUGCUGGGGAAUGCUGGAAUGGUCAUCCUGAUCCGCAAAGACCGCCGACUGCACACUCCCAUGUACUUCUUUCUCAGCCACCUUUCCUUCGUGGACGUGUGCUACUCCUCUGUCAUCGUGCCCCAGAUGCUGGUGGUGCUGUGGGAACAGGGCUUGGCCAUCUCCCAGGCUCGCUGUGCCACUCAGUUCUUCCUCUUCACCUUCUUCGCGUCCAUUGACUGCUACCUCCUGGCCAUCAUGGCCUACGACCGCUACGUGGCCGUGUGCCGGCCGCUGCUCUAUGCCACCAUUGUGACCGAAAACACCCGCUGGGGCUUAGUCGCCGGGGCUUAUGUCGCCGGUUUUUCCAGUGCCUUUGUGCGCACGGUCACAGCCUUCACUCUGACCUUCUGCGGAAACAACGAGAUCAACUUCAUUUUCUGCGACCUCCCUCCCCUCUUAAAACUCACUUGUGGGGACAGCUCCACCCAGAAAGUGGUCAUUAUUGUGUUCGCCACUUUUGUCAUGCCCGCGUGCAUCGUGGUGAUCCUGGCGUCCUACCUGUUCAUCAUCAUGGCCAUCAUGAGGAUCCGCUCUGCCGGGGGCCGGGCCAAGACCUUCUCCACCUGUGCCUCUCACCUCACUGCCGUUGCUUUGUUCUUCGGCACCCUCAUCUUCAUGUACCUGAGAGACAACUCAGGCCAGUCCUCAGAGGGAGACAGAGCUGUCUCUGUGCUCUACACCGUGGUGACUCCAAUGCUGAACCCCCUCAUCUACAGCUUGAGGAAUAAGGAGGUAAAGGAGGCUGUUAGGAAAUCCCUGAGCUGA